AUGAGAGGGGGGGGGGGUGUUCAUGAGGAGCAAUGCAAUGCCUUAGGACAAUAUAACAAGCCAUUCUCCCAUACGUACAACCCUGGUUGGAGAAACCACCCAAAUUUCAGUUGGAGAGAUAACUCCAACCAAGCUCAAACAUCUGGAGGACAACGGAGAAAUGAGAAUCAAGCUCAACCUCCAAAGGCAUAUCCUACGCCUCAAUACAAUGCUCAACAACAAGGGAACUCCCUUGAAAGCACCAUUCAUGCAUUCAUUGAGGAACAAACUAAAAUCAAUCGCCAAUUAAAGGAAGAUGUCCAAGAAAUAAAAAGUCAUUUUUCUAAAUUGACCGCAUCCUUGGCUAUUUCUGAGAAAGGCAGACUUCCUUCCCAUCCUCAAUUUAAUGCACAAGGGAAACACAUGGCUGAAACUUCCACCUCUAACGAUCCCAUUGUUAAAGGGGUUAACGCCAUCACAACAAGCAGUGGUAAAACUUUGGAGGAUCCAUCCAUCAAAACCACUACUUCAAAUCCAAAAGUUUCCACUGACAGUGCACCACUCAAUUCUCAAGCCAAAGUGCCAUUUCCCCAAGCUCUUAAACCUGUUGGGAAAAUUCCUGAAAACCGAGCUGAACUCCUUGAGCACUUGACACAAGUGAAGAUUAAUCUUCCUUUGCUCCACGUGAUAAAACAAGUGCCAGCUUAUGCUAAAAUCAUCAAGGACUUGUGCACUGCUAAGAGAAAGCACCGUGUCAAGAAGACUGCUUUCUUGACUGAACAAGUGAGUGCGGUGAUCGAACAAAAGACACUGCCAAAAUACAAAGAUCCUGGUUGUCCCACCAUUUCAUGCCAAAUUGGGACUCAUGAAGUCAGCCAAGCGUUGCUUAACCUUGGCGCGAGGCACAAAACCCAACAUUACUCUGUGUACUCGCAACUUGGUCUUGGAGAAAUAAAGCCAACAUCCGUUGUGUUGCAACUUGCUGACCGCUCUAUCAAAAAGCCUCGGGGUAUCGUUGAGGAUGUUCUUAUUCAAAUCGAGAAAUUCUAUUAUCCUGUGGACUUCUUUGUUCUUGAUACCCAAUCUGUGGUCAACAUGGAAUCAAAAAUUCCCAUCAUCCUUGGAAGACCAUUCCUUGCCACUGCAAAUGAUUUGAUCAAUUGGACCAACUUUCGAAGGGCUUGA